CUGGGCGUUUCUCUUUCUUCACGCACAAACUCAUUUGUGUCUUCCAUACCGCUUCUUUCACACCGCUUCCUCCCAACCUUCCACCCCAAAUACUCAAAGACGAAAUGUCCUCAGCAGUGCCCCGCAAUCCUUAUCUGAACGAUCCUCCGGCGCUCCCAAAGCGGCAACCAAAUGCCGUUGGCAUAGCCGAGGAUGUCGAGCCAUACAACCUUGCGCCCCAGCCGGCCGCAAACGUUGCAGAAGACGCUGCACCACCACCACUGCCAGAAAGACAACAGGCCCCCAUCACCGUAACUGAGCCUACAACAAGAGCGGCUGUGGGUAACGCAGGCGCCGAUUUGUCGUCCUCCUCGCCCGCAUUCGUCGAGGCCCCGAGGGGUAACUACCCCGAUAGACUCCCGAAUCCACGUCAACAGUCCACUGGUGCGCGCUCGAUCUCUGGUGCGAGUGCAAAGUCCGAGAGCACCGUCCAUACCAUACAUUCGGCCAAGAACAAGGAAGAGGUGUCCUUCCAAUUCGAUCGACACGUCCAAGAGAUCCGGCGGAGAAGAACUGUGCCAAAGAGCGUACGUCCACCUGAGCGAGAUGAGUUUACCAGGAUCGAGGCUGAGUCUGGAAAGCGUGUUCUUGAUGUGUCGCAAUAUAUCCAAGCUUACUGGACGUAUUUUGUGGAGUCGUUGGCGCGCGAGGACAAGGUUCGAAAGAUGGAGCCGCUGCAGCUGAAGAAAAUGAAGGGACUGGUGAGUCGGCUCUACGACACAACGACGCCAGUGCAGUCCCUUGGAUUCUACCUCCAGCGCGUCAUGUACUGGACGAAUCCGGCGGAGACCCUGGCAUGGUUCACUGUCUACUUCGCGCUCUGGUCCUACAACCUAUGGGUGUCUGGGUUGAUUUCAUUGGUGGUCAUCAAGAUGUUGAACAACCGAUAUGGGUUCUUGGGGAGCUACAAAGAGCAGCUCGAUGUGCCAGGACCAUUGACGGAUAACAUCAAAAACAAGGAGUCCAUGCGAGGAUCAAAGAUGGAUACGCAAUUGAAAGAGCUUAUCCAUUCCAAGGAUCUGACAGAGUGGGUCUCGCUGAUGAACAAGUUCUGGGGGCCUUAUUCUCAAGUAAUGUUGGAGGAGACCGUUGGCUAUCUGGAGCGGGCCAGAAACCUGUUUCGAUGGGAGCGACCGAUGCAAAGUUGGCUUGUACUCAUAAUGAUGUGCCAGGGCAUCGUCUUUUUGCCGUUGGUCCAGUCCAUGGCUAUUCCUGGAAUCGGUUUUUUCCUUGGCGUGGAAUUUUUCAUCCUGCUGCCAUUGCAACACUACUACCCACGGUUCAGUCAUGUAUUUUCGCCUUUGGAAUUGCUCCUCUGGGAUGUUCCCACCAACGCAGAGCUGGCAGUGGAGAUGAUGACGCGCCAGCAAGAUGGUGAAAGACGAGUUGCAGAGGAGAACGAAGCCGGCAUGCCGGGUGCAGUUGAUACAGCCAAUGGUUCUAGAGCGGAGGGAGACUCGGCCGCGCUCAUGUCAGGAGGUACCCCUGCGUCCAAUGUCAAGCAAGAGUAUCAGAGCCGAAUGGGGGCCCGAUCUUCGUCCAGAUCGUCUUCGAUGACAGAGUCGUUGUACCCUGACACUAUGCAGGAGAAGUCAGAAUUCCAUUGUCUGUUUCAUGGCAAGCCCGGUAGACUCGUUAUUACAGAAGAUGCAUUGAUGUUCCGAUCUGCCAAGUUGCUCGGGCGCGACAUUCAGGCGCAGAUCAAGUGGGAGGACAUUGAUACCAUCAAGAAGUCCAAGUCGAUGAACCUGGGUAUCUGGUCGAUGCCUGGAAUCGAUGUGAAAGACAUCAACGGGCGCUUGCUUGCGUUCCACAACGUGGUGCAUCGCGACCAGGCAUUCCGCAACCUGGUGGUGACAUCGGGCAAGAAGUGGAGCCAUGUCGCGUAGGCGAAUCUUCCUACGGAUCUACGGGAAAACGUCCAGCGGACCUGCAAUGUAUAAAUUAUAAAUUAGUUUUAUCUUCCAAUUCAAUCUUAUCUACUUGGUUUUACACAUAAAUAAAGUUUGGUAGUGAACACAUUUACAUUUACAUUUACAUUUACAUUUACAUUUACAU